AUGAAAACAGAUAAUACUAAAUGCUUUGGAUGUAGUAAGAAAGAAGUAGAAUACUUAUAGAUCGAGGAUAUCUAAUCAAGUUAUGCUUUGUGUGAGGGUUGUUUGAAAGAUAAAAAAGAGAAUAAAUCAAAAUAUUUAAAAAAAGAUGAGUUCCUUAAAAAGUACGAAGAAAAACUUAAGAAAGAGUUCCCUCAUUAUUCUAAGGUCAUUUAAUAUAGGUAGAAUAUCGAGAAAUUAAAAUUUUGGGAAAAGUAAAUGAAACCUCAUCUGGAAGAUGCUUUAUUAUUUAUUAAAAAUAAUAACUACACCUAAUAGAACUUCUAUUUUUUGGGAACCUUUUUUUAGAAGAAGGGAAAAACAAUGGAUAAAUUGGCUAACCAGUUGUUGAAUUUCUUGAAUGCCAAUAAGUUAGAUAUAUCAAAUCCAAUUUAAUUUAUGGAGCAAAAUAAAAAUGACAAGUUUAAAGAAAUAUUCCUUAAUUAUUUGUAGGAGAUUAUUUAAAAACAAUAAUUCUCAGAUGUAAAGAAGUUUAUUGAAGCUGAGAUUGAUAGUAAAUUAUCUAAGAUUCCAAAAGAAUUUUAAAAAGUGGGAACUGAAUUAAAGUGUGAUUCUAAUGAGAAAGAGCAGAGUAAAUAUUAAGGUUAUAUCAACCUUUUUGAUCUCAAAAAUGGUAAAGGUAUUCUCAAAAAGAAGGAUAUAAUUUAUUAUGGAAUUUUUGAUUGUGAUAUUUUUAUAUAUGGAGUAAAGUUUGAAUAGAUUUCAUAGAAUGAGGGUUAAUUCUUCUUUGGAUAAUUUGUUAGGGAAGAAAUCCAAGGUUUUGGUAAGAUGCUAGCCUAUAAACUUGAUUUUUAAAUGAUGUAUUAAGAGUAUGAAGGAAAUUUUGAGAACGGAUUGAGACAUGGAAAAGGAUAAUUUAUGUGGAAACAAAAUAAUAAAAUCUUAAUAUAUGAAGGAGGUUGGUAAAAAAACUUAUAACAUGGAGAGGGCAAUAUUUCUAAUUAAAACAGUAUAAAGAAUGUUCAAUAUGAAGAAGGGAAAUUAAAACAAGAUUAACCAGUUCAAAAAAAUGGUUUUUAAAUGGGUUUUUAAACAUAAUUCCAAAUUGUUGAUCAGUCAUAAGCCUUAAUAGGUCAAAAAAUGCCACCACCUUAAUUUGGUAGUUUUACUAUUAAUUAACCGAAAAAUUAAUUUAAUUAUAUAAAUCCAGCUCCAGCUCCGUCUGUUGGUGGUUUUACUCUAAAUAAAAGUACAUAACCCGAUUCUUUAAAGGUGGAAAAACGUGUAGUUGCACCACUUUAAACAUAACUAGUAUAAUAGCCUUAAAAUUAGAGAUUAGCAACAGCUUUAAUAACACCUUCAAACGGUUUUAACUCAUACAAAUAAACAACGUAAGUUAUGGACAGUAAUAGAUUCUAAAUAUCGAAUUUUUCAAAUGUGACCUAAACUCAAAAAUAAUAAAUAUCAGGCGAAUCUUUAUAAACAAUACCAUAAUUUUCUUAAUAAUCUACAUUCAAAUUGCAAACUCUUUAGACUCAAUAGCCAUCCUUGAAUCCGCAAAAUAUCAAUAACCCCUUGUAAUUCUAGUCUGAUUCUUACAGAAUGUAAACUUAGCUAGCUUAAUUUAAUGUCAACACUCAAGCCAUGAAAAAUGCUGAUGUCGCCACUUUUAAACAAAACAACGUUGGACUAUAAAGUCGAUAAAAUAUGAGUUUUUAAUGA